UAUUAGCAUGCGCAGUGAGGGAGAAAUUCAUUCAUAAAAAAGUCCAUUCAUGAAAAUUGCAACAUCCUCGACUACCUCUUGAGCUACCAACCACUCUCUAAUUAAGACCUGGCUUUUAGAACGCAGUUGAGGGACUGUGAGGGCUGCUGCCUGCACUGUGUGUGUGAGCCUGCUAGAGAUAGCAUGUCUACAUGGAGAUAUUGUGGAACACUGGCUGCUGAACAGUUGUGAUCAGAGACAACAAGACUGACCUGAGUUUUCAAGGACAGGAUGCUGCUGCACUGGGACUAACACUGGACUGGUAUUUAAAGCACAGGGACUGUGCAUUAAGACUGUGGUAUGGCUAAGCAACAUAUUGCUCUUUCUAUUCAGCUGUGAAGAAAGCUUCAGUCACUGGGUGUAAAAAAAUGCAGACACUAAAAGUGUGUUUGACUGAAUUAUUGCAGACAAUGUAGAGAGAGUGCAGCUGUGUUUUUUAGAGGCAGAAUUGAAAGCAGUUUUGUCAGGAGACUUUAUUUUCUUGUAGAGAUGCACUGAGCAAAAUAUGCAAUGCAUCGGCAUGCAUUACAAACAAAAGUCACUGUGAUGCUUGUUUCUUUCUGUUGGCAAUUCCAAUUGCUUUUAAGCUACAGAUAGGUGCUUUUGGCUAAAGGCUUGUGUGCAUCAUGUACUUUAUAUUUUAAAUCUGAAAAAGGAAUUGCUUGUGUGCAAUAUGUAAUUGAUUUUGUAUCCUAAAGUUUUCAAGGAAAAUAAAGAGUAGCUAUGCAGUUAAAUAAGUAAAGGUAGGAUCCAUUACUUUGUAUAUUGAUAUAGUUGGAUUCCAGCUAUCAGAUUUCCUUUAUACUGAUUUGUUGGAGCCCAGGCAGUGUAUGCAGGAGCGUCUGGUUUCAGCAGUCCCAAUACUCCCUGGCUAUGAGAGAACAUAAUCCGUUCAGCCUUAGGGGAAACGUAUUGCAUGUAGGACUCUUUGGACAGUCGGGCAUGCUUCACAGGGCGAAAUACAGCCGAUUCCGCAAUGAUUCUAUCACCUCCCUGGAUGAUGGCAUGCAAAGCCCCACGCCAGUGCUGAAGGUGCCACCUUCAUCCUGCUCCUCUUCCUCCUGCCCUCCCUCCACUCCAGGCUAUCCGGCUGACCAAACUUCCCUAACAUCUUCGGAAGAGGGCUCCACCACCCUUUGUACUUUCCUCCCCAGGAUGGCCAACAUCAAACUCUCCAACCCGGCUGGCUUGUUGGGACUAAAAAGCUUUGCCCUGGCCACUAAAGAGGUGCCGAGGACCAAACUGACCAACAGUGUGAUGGCCCACUGUGCCCCUGCAUCCCCGGAGAUCAGUCUAACCAGUUACCUGUCUGCCUCCUCUCCCCUUCCACAGGACUUUCAUAUUGAUAAGUUAGGCACCACCAGCACAAAAAGCCCUGGCCAAGGAGGUGGGCAGCAGCCUGGAACUGAGGCAUCCUUGUCCCUAAACAAGCUAGGAGGAGGAACUGAGCAGACCAGCCAAGACUGCCUGGAAACUGGGAUGAUCUACUAUGUAAAGUAUAUUGGCUGUUUGGAAGUGCUGCAGUCAAUGAGGAUGCUGGACUUUGGUACCAGAACGCAAGUCACAAGGGAAGCCAUCAGCCGGUUGUGUGAGACUGUGCCAUGUGUAAAAGGAGCAGCAAAGCGGAAGAAGCCUCCAAGUAAAGGCCUGUCUGCUGUUCUGGGGAAGAGUAACCUACAGUUUGCAGGAAUGAAUAUAAAACUUAUAGUAUCUACAAACAGCCUCAUUUUAACCACAGUCGACUCCCAACAGCAGAUUAUUGCCCAUCACCAUAUGCAGUCUAUUUCAUUUGCCUCUGGAGGAGAUCCUGAUGCGACUGAUUACGUUGCUUAUGUUGCCAAAGAUCCUGUAAAUCAAAGAGCUUGCCAUAUCUUGGAAUGCCCAGAUGGAUUGGCCCAAGAAGUUAUAAGCGCUAUAGGGCAAGCUUUUGAACUUCGCUUCAGACAGUUCCUCAAUAAUCCUUCACCCCUGAUCACACCCCAGGACAGCAGGAUGGCGGAAACAGACAGUGUGGCCUGGACUGUGGAGAAUAAAGAGACCCACGAGUAUUACAAUGAGAUCCCCGGAAAACAGCCCCCACCAGGUGGGAUACUAGACAUGAGGAUACAAAUGGAGUCAGCAGUGCAGAAGACUCAAGGCAACAGCCAGUGCGCAGACCAGCUGAGACGGAGCGGCAGCCCACACAUCAGUGUGUAUGAAAACUGUUCAUUAACUCAGAAGCAGCUCUGCCCUACAGUAGAAGCUACUAAGGCUGUUUACAACGGCUUGCCAGACAGCAGCUCUCUUAGUGUCCUCCAGCACAUAAAGGAGCAACUGAGGAAUGAGGUUUGGUAUCAUGGCAAGAUGUGCAGGAAGGAGGCAGAGAGUCUGCUCACAAACAAUGGGGACUUCUUAGUGCGGGAGAGCACAACCUCGCCAGGCCAGUACGUGCUGAGUGGGUUACAAGAAGGCACCGCCAAGCACUUGCUAUUGGUGGAUCCAGAGGGCAUGGUAAGGACGAAGGAUCACUUAUUUAACAGUGUGGGGCAUCUGAUUCGCUACCAUGUGAAAAACCAGCGACCAAUCAUCUCCUCAGGAAGUGAACUAUGUCUGAGGGAGCCAGUCAGGCCAAAGCAGCACAGCACUACUGGAUACCUGAAAUGAAGACAGGUCCCCUUAUGAAUAAAGCCGUUCAUUCAUACGAGUAAACUGUUAAAUGUGUACUUCACACUUGCAUGGUCACUCUGCGACUUAUUGUGCUAAAUAUGCUCUUGAUCUGAGUACAAUACCAAAUCCAUAUCUUUGACAGUAAAAUACAGCCAAAACAAGCAAUCAAUAAAGUGUGACCCAUAUAUAAUAUAUGUGUCAAAGCACAACUGUUUAACUGUACUGUACCAACAUGGACUGAUUAGAGAUUCAGUGCUGGUCAAAAAGAUGAAAAUGUGCCUUGAUGCAUUAAUAUGUUUAAUAGAAUAUAAAAAAAGAACCUAAACUUUUCAUUUCAUUAGCACAUUGCCUAUUUUCUAAUAGCUGAUGAUUCUGUUCACUCAAAGAAUUUGCCAAAUUGAAAUACUGCAGCACAUUCGGCUUGUUGCUUUUAUGUAAGGCUCUGUUUGUCUUCUUUUUUUGCCUUUUGAAAGCACUUUGGUAACAGUUUUACUAUAUUUAUUAUCCCAGCUUGGAUCAUAUAGAGUACAAACCAGGGGUUAAAUUGUGCCGGAUCACACCAGAUCCCAGAUCCGGUAACUUUUUCUCUGACAGGCCAGAAUUAAACAGUUUUCAAUGAUGAACCAUAUGAAAAGAAUGGUGCAAAAAAGAACUCUAUAUACAUAACAUAUACAAUAAAAAAAACACAUUCCUGUUCCAUUAAUGGAAUGACAGAAGUGUAAAAUCAUAUAUAUGAUGCAAUGUCUAUAAGUAAGAAAAUUAAUGGGGUUUUUUGCACCCCAAACACCAAAAAAUGAUUUCAACAGUAUUGUCGAUCCUAUUAGUCAACCCACCACUGGUAUUGUUCAAACCUGAAGAUUAUGUUAAAACAUGGCUUGGAAAAGGUUGGCAUACAGCUACCAACAAUAAGGCAUGAAACCUUGAUCUACAAGCAGAUGAGAAUUUGAAGCAGAUAUGGCAGCUACUGUAAUUCAAGGUCAGGAGAUUAGGUGAAUAAACAAAAAUGUGAUCCCUCUUCCUUAAUUAUAAGAUCCGGUAGCAUUUUGUUUACAAAUUAACCCCUGGAACAAACAAUAGUAUUUUUUUUUUUAAAAAAAGGCUGUUUUUCUGUCACUAGUUUUAGCAGUGAACUAAAACCACAAACUUACUGUAUUUAGAACGAUGCAAUCCUUCAAUCUUAUCAACACAUUGAAAAGUUGUAAAAGGAAGUAACAAAACAUGUGUCCUGUUUAAAAAAAAAUAUUGACGUUUUUCUCGGUGUGCAUCAAGAAUUAUUCAGUUUAAUUUCAACUAUACUUCCUUACAAAUGUUCAUAGAAUACAAGAGGGUAAUUGCAUGAAAAUGAUGUAUGAUUUAAAGAUACAAAAUGAUUCAUAUAACUGUACACAACUCCUGUGUCACUGUUAAAUUUUAAAUACUUCUUUGUAAAUAGUAUUGUUGAUUUUCUGGGCGUAUUUGUGAAGAUUAA